GAAUUUCUUUAAUCGUUAAAUUCUGGUAGUUUAUUUGAAAGAUGAGGAAUUACUGUUUUUCUGUAGUUAUUUUCGUAACAAUUCUGACACUUUCUUAUGCUAAACGACCGUUUCGAGAUCGACCACCGUUAGUGGCAUUAACAAAGACUGGCAUUUCGAUGUUCGACAGCGGAACUUUGAAAGAACAUGUAUUAUAUACAAAAAGUCACAGGAAAAGUUCUUUAGGAUCUUUUGAUAUUCAUUAUGAAAAACGAAUGGUUCUUUGGACAGAAAAUGUGUUUCUAGAUUCUGGACUCUACAGCCACGAAAUACGAUCAGCAAUAAUAUCAAAUGGGACAUUUUCUGAAAUAAAAACCAUACAUUCUGGCGGCUGGGCAACAGGGAUAGCUGUAGAUUGGAUAAAUAAUAAAUGCUACUUUAGUAGUUUUUUUACAAGCGAUAUGUUUGUCAUUAAUCUUGAUGGGACAGAGAAGAAGCUUUUCGCACGUGUUGAAAAUAAGUUUCGUGAUGACCAUCCAUUCCAAAUCGACCCAAUUAACAGGUGGAUAUAUUUCGUGGCUGACAAUCAAGGCUUGGCAGGUGAAGAUAUAUUUGAAAGAGUACAUUUAGACAACGAUAGAGAAAACAGACAGACUUUAGAUGCUGAUACAUGUCAGAGAAGUCAGUACGAGUACUGUACAUUAACAUUUGCAGUAGAUCAUAAUACAGGGAGAGUAUACUGGAUGGACUUCUAUAGUUCAGUGAUAUUCAGUAUGAAUGCUAAUAGGAAAAUCAGGCGAAAACAUAGGUUUUCAAGAUAUGAACUAACAAGACAAAAUUGGUAUUCCAACAGAAUGUAUUAUACAAUUGAUAAAUGGAUUGAAAUCGCCUACAAGGGAAACGUUUAUUGUACGACAAGGGUACGAGAGAAGAAAAAGAACAAGAUUUUCCGCUUGAACACCAAGAACAACAAGAUUAUUUCUUUGCCACUGGGCGUUCGAGUUAAACAUUUCAGAAUUUUCCACAGUUCUUCUCAACCAAAUAAUAAGAUGUGAAACUUUAGGAAAAUACUCAAGAUCUUACUUGAUCAUAUUUCGAUUAAGAUUCAUGAACUAUCUUCUAUCUUCUGUCUAAUUUCAAAAGUUAGUAGUUAUGCUAUUUAAAUUAAAGGAUUCACAUUAUUUUCUAUUAUUAAUCGAAAUUUG